GUAAAGGACGUUUGAAUCUUUGUGCUGGAAACUUUCAUGCAUCUAAAGGAUUGAGAGUGAACAGCUUGGAAAGGGUCAGUUGCAUGUGCGGAUCUGGAUGCCUUCUUGAGUUUUCACUUGGCUGCCAGUUGAUAACGUAUGACAUCUGUUCACAUGCGAACGAACACAUGCUGCCGCUGGUGAACUGAGGACUGAAAGUGAUGCUGUAGGAAGUGCUCGUUUCCUGUCCAUGUUUUUAGCAGUUAGGUACAAGUUUGUAGAACUGCAAAGGAAAUGUUGUAUAAGGUUGGUGACAGACAGACAGACUAGAUGUAGCAACACAUUUGUGGAGCAUUUCAUCAGGCGAUGCUGGACUGCAGGGUUUCAUUAGUGAAGGGGAUGGCAGACAUGAGGAAAUAUUUAUCAGCAUGUGCGAGAUAGAAGUUUACCACAGCUGAGAGGAUGAUGCUGACGAUAAUGGGAGGAGGCCACAGCCGAAGGUGCAGCCCUCGCUAGAAAAAAGAUUACAUUCUCUCCGAAUUUCACCCCUCCGCUAUCACCCACUACCGCCAUCCCGUCCCCUGGCGCCAUGGCCAACCACCUGGAGCUGAUCCAAGAGCUGCAGCAGCUGGACAAAGUGCCCAGUCUGGAGAGGCUGCGGGCGGCCCAGAAGCGGCGCACACAGCAGCUGAAGAGAUGGGCCGUGUACGAGAAGGAGAUGCAGAGCAAGAAGCGAAAGGCAGACAAGAAGGGACGCAACGCCAACAACCUCCAACAAGCAGAGUCCAAGAGGCAUGUGUCUUUUGCCGCCAGCGUGGCGCUUCUGGAGGCAUCGGCCAGGAAUGAUCCAGAUGAAGUACGUUACCUGCUGAGGAACAAUGUGAGUCCUGACCUCUGCAACGAAGACGGCCUCACCGCCCUGCAUCAGUGUUGUAUAGAUAACUAUGAGGAGAUGGUGAAGAUCCUGCUGGACCGAGGAGCCAGUGUUAACGCUCAAGACAAUGAGCUAUGGACACCGCUGCACGCCGCUGCAACCUGUGGCCACGCAGGACUGGUCAAGAUACUCAUCGCACACGGUGCAGAUCUGCUGGCAGUCAACUCUGACGGGAACAUGCCCUAUGACCUGUGUGAAGACGACCCAACACUGGACAUCAUUGAGACGGCCAUGGCCAACAGAGGCAUCACCCAGGAGAUGAUCAAUGAGACACGAGCGUCAACGGAGAGGAGGAUGCUGGGAGACAUUCAGGAACUGCUGAGACAGGGAGAGGAGGUCAACCAGCAGGACUCUCAGGGAGCCACACUGCUCCACAUCGCAGCAGCAAACGGCUACGUGCAGGCUGCAGAGCUGCUUCUGGAGGGGGGAGCUCGCAUGGACCUGAGAGAUUCAGAUGGAUGGCAGCCUCUUCAUGCUGCAGCGUGCUGGGGUCAGAUGCAUGUGGCUGAGCUGUUGGUGUCUCACGGAGCCAGUCUCAAUGCCAAGACCUUCCUAGACGAGACACCCAUCGAUCUGUGUGAGGACGAGGAGUUCAGGGCCAUCCUGCUGGAUCUGAAACACAAACACGACAUUAUCAUGAAGUCACAGCUCAAACACAAGACCUCACUGUGUAGGCGAACAUCCAGUGCAGGCAGUCGUGGAAAAGUGGUGCGGCGAGCCAGCCUGUCAGACAGACACAACCUGUGCCGCAAAGAGUACGAGACAGAGGCCAUCGUGUGGAGGGGAGGGAGGGAGGAGGAGGACGACAAAGAGAAGGAGUCUGAUCAGGAGAAUAAUCAAGUAGUUAAUGUCAAACCAGCCGUAGCUGUGGAGCUGCCAGACAAGCCCAAGCUGCCCACCAUCCUCAAAGAUGGCAGCAGCAAACAGAAUGGCCUCAUCUCCACAACGACGUCUGUGCCACCACAGCCACCCUCCAAUGGCAGCAUGCUACCAUCGGAUAACGGCGGGGUCGUCACCACCCAGCCCGCCCAGGAGGAAGCCUGGCCGAGAGAGCGCGCUCAGACUCUGUCGGAGCUGAAGAAACAGAGGGCUGCCGCCAAAUUGUUGAAUCACCCCUUGUUUAACGGUCACCUAGGUAACGGCUCCACAGACUCCUUCACUGAUGCCAAAACCAACUCCGAGGACCCCCGCAUGCCGCUGGUCUCCUCCAAUGGCAGUGCAGUUUACUACACACCAGCCAGCUGUGACCCGCCCCUCCUGAAACUGAAACAGCCAAUAGAAGAAGAGCAGCCGAAGGCACGGACCUGCUGCUGUGUGUCGUAGCGCCGCAGUCAAGAUGAGUGUUUGCACAAAGAGGAAGGAAGAAAUGAAUGUGCCGUAGGAGGGAGGAAAGAAAGGCAUGUUCCUGUCUUUUAACAUCCUGUUCCUCCACUUCUUUGAAACUUCUUCCAGAGAAGACGAGUGGCCUGAAGAAGGUCUAGAAACUUUUCUUCAUACCUCCCUGUCACGUGACUCCUGUUACAAUUGAAGAAACCUUCCCCCCAAAUGGAGGCGUGUUUCAAGUCUAGAAGAGAAGAGGAAAGGAACUGAGCACCGCCACUGUUUUCCUCCAGAUGUUACUUGGAUUGAAAUUCCUUUUCAUACAUGGAGUCUCUUUUCAGGACAUGCCAAACAGAUAGAGUGUGAGAUUCGCUGUUAAGAAAUCAAUUUUUUUUUCUUUUCUUUUUUUAAAGCUUUUCAUCUGGAAAUGGUAAAAAAAAAUGUUGAAUCAGGAGAGUGGCGAGGAUAUCAAGGUACUGCAUGUUCUGCCCUCAGAGAUGAAGAUGGAAGAGAAAUGGAUGGUUGUCUUGUAAUUAAACAUUUCCUUCGUCAAAACCACAAUGUUAUGCUUUUACGUCAUAUUCGUAUGAUUUUCAAAGGCCAUCCUACAGCAAUCCAGAUGUAUUGUGCUACAUCGUGUUGUAUUACCAACAUAUCAGAGAGAGCUAAACGUAGCAAAAAGAGAUCCGAGACAUCUCUUCUGAAGUCUCCUUCAUAUUGAAAUGUUGCCUGCUCAAGUAAAGGGAAGGAAUGCCAUAAAACAGUGUUAAAAUAUUCAGGAAGUGUACUUCAGGAAGUGUACUUCUUACCACAAGAGGUAACAGAAAAGAGUAUAGUUCUGCACUUGUGUUUGAAACUGUCACUAUAUUCUGUCAACUGUGCUUCACCUCACCGUCCUCCCAUAUCAAACCUAAACUGACAGGUCAUGCUGUUUUAUGCAUAAUCCACUUUGUGCUCACUCGUACAGACAUGGUUGAAAAUUCCUGUACGUUUUCUUUAUUUAUGAAAUUAAUGUAAUGUGUAAAAAAAACAAAAAAAAAAAACAAACAAACAAAAAAAACCAUUAUGGUUCCUAAAGUUGAGUGUAUUUAUUAUUUGGAUGGUGUGUGGAGAGUGUGAAUGCAAUAUAAGAUGAGUUGGAGAAUCUUCCAGCAAAGCACCUUCUGACAUGGAAAAUCAAACAGAUACAGUGAAAUAAGGGUUAAUGUCUGCUAUAUGUACAUGGUAUUAAAAACACAAACAGGCCGUCCCACUGGGAUGGACUCAUAUUUGUGUCACUACAAAUAACAGUGUUAUUUGUGUAUGUUUUGUUUUCUGUUUUAUUUUUUGGUUUUUUCCUGGUGGCCAUUGUGUGGCUUUAUCUUCUCCCAGUCACUGUAUUUGUCUUAUUAACAGAAACUUUAAAUGUUAUGUAAUGAAUUACUGUAUAGUAUGAGUUUUCUGAGGUUAUACAUGGACUCAAUGCUUGCCUCUGUUUGUUUUUGUUUUUUUUAACAUUAAUCCAGACUUGGAUUUGGUAUGUAGCAAGCCCACAGUAUCAUGUCAGGUGACCUUUAAAGUACCAUGUUUUCACAAACAAAAAAUAUACAUUUGGGCACAUAAAUGUUUGGCAGAAUUUCCAUAAAUUUGCCUCUGUACGCCACCAUACAGAUUUGAAACGAAGCCGUCAAGAUGUAACUGAAGUGUAGACUUUUAGCUUUAAUUCAAGGGUUUUAACAAAAACAUCGCAUUAACCGUUCAGGAACUCCGGCCAUUGUUAUACACAGUCCCUACAUUCUCGGAGGCUCUAAUUUGACAAUUGACUGGUAGUCAGUUUCACAGCCUGUUCCCUCAUUAUUUCAUGACAAAUAAGCAGAUAAAAGGUCUGGAGUUGAUUCCAAGCAUUGAAUUUGCAUUUGGUAGCUGUUCAUGGGAACUCUCAGUAUGUGGUACAAAGAGCUGUCGAUUCAAGUGGAGGAGGCCAUCAUUAGGCUGAGAAAUCAAAACAAAGAGAGGCCAAAUCAUUUGGUACAUUCUGUAAAGGAAGGAGCUCAGCAACAGGCUGGAAGACAAAUAAAGUGGAUGAUUGUAGAAUUAUUUCCUAAGUGAAGAAAAAACCCUAAACACCAUCUGGCCAGGUCCAAAAUAGUCGAGGAGGAAGUAGAUGUAUAAUUGUCAAUGUCUGACAUCAAAAGAUGCCAUCAUAAAUGUAAAUACAGAGGGUUUACCACAAGGUGCCAAACCACUGGUAACAAGAACUGAAAGGCCAUAUUAGACUGUGUCAGAAAACAUGUAAAAAGGCCUGCCCAGUUCUGUAACAAGAUGAAACCAGAAUGAUGGGAAGUGGAGAGUAUGGAGAAGAAAAGGAACAGCCAAUGAUCCAAAGCACACCACAUCAUCUGUCAAACAUGAAGGAGACAGUAUAAUGGCAUGGGCAUGUAUGGCUGCAAACAGAACUGAGUCAGUGGUGAUUGCUGAGAGAAGUAGCAGGAUGAAUUCUGGGAUGUAUAAGGCUAAAAUAUCAGCUCAGACUGAGUCAAAUGCUGCAAAACUGAUAGGACGGUGAUUCACAGUGCAGAUGGGUAAUGACCCAAAACACAAUCCAAGAGCUUGUCAAGGCAAAGAACCUGAAUAUUCUUCAAACGCCAGGGUCUUUUCACAGACAGUGACCCACAAACAAAAAGCAACUGAAGGUGGCUGCAGUAAAGGGCCUGUGAAAAUUGAGGGACUAUGCAUAAAAAUUUAUGUAAUUCCGAAACGUUAAUUAAAUAUUUUUGUUAAAUUCCUUGAAUUAAAGCUGAGAGUCUACACUUCAGUCACAUGUCGUGGUGUACAGGGACAAUAUUUUGAAAAGAAGUACUAGAAGUACUAGAACAGUUCGAGCUUUCAGGAAAUCAGCUUAUUUGUUUUUUUCCCCCCAAGACUUAGAUAAGAAGACUGAUGCCGCUCCCAUGUCUGUACAAUAAAUAUGUAGCUGGAGCAAGCAGCUCAUUGGCUUAGCUUAGCAUUAAGACUGGAAUCAGCAGGAAACAGUUAGCCUAGCUCUGUCCAAACAUAACAAGAUCCUCCUACCACUACCUACUAAUCAACAUGUUAUAUCUUGUUUGCUUAAUCUGUACCGAAAACCGCAGUGUUGGUUUAUGUGCCAGACUGUUUCUUGGAAACCAGCCGUGACUCCAGGCAGACAGGCCAAGAAGCAGUCCAGCACUACACUUUGUUUUCUUGCACAGAUUAAACAAACAAAAUACAACAUGUUAAUUAGGAGGCGUUUGAGGUGCUGGCAUGCAGGAAAAAAAAAAAAACCUUUUUACAGAGCCAGGCUACCUAUUUCCAGUCUAAAUGCUAAGUUAACAGACUGCUGGCUUCAAUACUGUAUUAAAACAGAGACAUAUGACAAAUGGUAUCAAUCUCCUCAUUGAACCCUCGGAAAAAGAAAGCGAAUAAGCACUUCUCCAAAAUGAUGAACUAUUCCUUUAAUGUAGUAACAGAUCCUCCUUGUGAGUGCCAAAGAGUCUUCCGUGAUUUCAAAAACAACUUAAAAAGACAUUUGAAAACUUUGCGUAAAGGCCGUCAUUGUUUGUUAAUGACCACCAACCCCUUCAAACAUGUGAUUACCCAGAAUGCCACUACCACUGUUAUCCCCAUAACAUCAACUGUACAGUGUCAAAUAUUUGUACAGAUUCGUUUGUAAAUAUGUUUGUAUUAGUAUCCCCUUAUCUGUUCCCAUGAACUGCAUUCUCAUGUCCGUGUUGUUACUGUUGAGGAACAUAUAGGAAAAUACAAUUACCCACGUUAAUGAACAGUGUUAGCAGACAUUUGGUUGUUAAGGGGGAAAACUGUGAGACUAUGCAGAACCCCCUUCCACUUCCUAUAGUAUCCAGCAGUCUAAAUCUGUCUGGUUUCAUCAUAAUACUUGGUGUUUCCUUUCUGCUGUUCAGUCACCAAUGUCUGAAUGGUGGAGUUUUUGUGCAGAGGUCAGUUUUUAACGUUGCACUCUCGUAGGAAGCAGUUUAGUUUUUCAACUCAAUUUGAGGAAGUACAAAUUAAGUCAAGUGGAUUGCGAUUUCCCCUGGUUUUGGUUCCUUCUUUUGUGUCCAAGGCAGUGACAUAAUCUUGUUGUGAGUCAGCUGAAAUUCACUAAACUCACUCCAGCUCACGUCUGUUCCGGCUGCUGCAAUAGACUGAGUUUAAAUUUCAUAUCUGCUUCCUUAGUAGUAAAAUUCAAUCAGACUGAAUUGUAAUUUUGAGCUACGACCUGGUCAGUACUAGCCAGAAAGGGACAGUCACCUGUUAAAAGUAACCUGUGUUCUCAUGGUAUAUAAAUCAAGGCUUGUCUUUGACUGCAAGCCUCACUGUCUAUAAGGAUAAGAUUAUAAAAGAAGAAAAACUACUGAUUUUGUAAUUACUGGAAUAUAUUGAUGGUUGCAUUAACAUAUUUUGAAUAAAUUGUAUAUUUUGAGAAUUUUA